AGUGGUUCCUUUGUUCCUUACAAUGGCUGACCGUCUCGUCGGUUGUCAUAGUCGUUUGUUUCUAUUACUAUUAAUACUUACCAACCUUUGUGUUGCUGUACAAGAGCAACAACAGCAGUCCACCUUUGAAGGGAAUACCAUAUUAAAGGGUGAUGGGGGACAGGCGUAUGAUUGGGAUUUGGUUAUUGUAAUACCAAGCCAUAUUACGGAGUUCUCGAGGAGGUGUGCUGUUAGAGAUGGAUGGGCUCGGCAAUUGAGAGGACAUGAGCAGAAUAACCGUGCUGGUCUACGAAGCAUUAAAUUACUAUUCACUGUUGGUGCACAUUAUCCAGAUAACUCCACUAGGGAUACAGCUAUGGCCGAGAUGAAGCAAUUCGAUGAUAUCAUAACCCUACCGUCCGACUUUGUUGAUCGCUACGAUGCUCUCGGCACCAAGGUUCGCUUAUCGUUCAGAGAGGCGGUGGAUCGGUUAGGCCGGUUCCGUCUUGUACUGAAGGCGGAUACGGACAGCUACGUUCAUGUGGAGAAGUUAUUGGAUUUCUUUGAUAAGGAGAAUAUGUGGAAUGGUGAUCCAGUGUAUGCAGGGUCCUUUCGGCAUGCACCAGUGAUGUGGGAACCUGAGGAUAAGGACCAUAAAUGGUUCGAUGGUGAGUUCACCAAGAUGACGGGCCUUACUCAGUAUCCAUGGAAUGCCCAAGGAGGUGGUUAUGUUAUAUCAUAUGACCUCGCUAAAUACCUAGCCCAUCCGCCCUUAGAGCUAAAGUCAUGGACCCAUGAAGAUGUCGGAGUUGGAGCAUGGCUUAUGGCGUUGGAUUACCGCAGAGUCGACAUGCCUGUGGGGUUCGCAGCUCCCGAAUGUGGCUGUGCAUUAGACUGCGUUGACCCCAUCAACGAUCUGGGUGGCCGUGAUUUAGUAAUUGACCACUACGUCCCACCGUUCCUCCAUCGGGUACGCCAGAGAAGGAUGGAGUUGUUUGGUGACGAUUGUUGGGUUUCCUCUCUUUCGAAUACGAUAUCUCCUCUGGCAGAGAAGGUGAUCCCAGUCAACAACAUGUGUUAUUCUCCUAUGUGGUUGGGUGGGGAGGACCUUCAGAAUGAUUUCCAUCGUGUUUGGGAGAAGCCUCGGCUGAGUCGAAGUGAACGGAGGAGAGCUCAUAAGGAGAACUCAGACACUCCGGAAUCUAGCGCUGAAAGUACCAGCGAAGAACCGUCGAGCCGCACUGGUUGGUCAGCCAAGAGGAAGACCAAGAAGCCCAUCGGGGAGCAGCUGAAGUUGAACAAAGUUCUUGACGGAUUCAACUUGUAUGAUAUUCUCAAGAUCAGCCCUACGGCCACCCAGGAGCAGAUAAAGAAGUCCUAUAGACGGUUAAUUUUGGAGCAUCAUCCAGAUAAGAAGAAAGGAAGCGCAGAGGAAGAGGAAGAAAAAAUGAUAUUCCUGCGCAUACAGGAAGCCUUUGAAGUUCUCUCCGAUGAGCGUCGCCGUAAACAAUACGAUUCUUCGCUUCCCUUCGAUGAGGAUGUUCCCACCGAAUUAGAAGAGGACGAGGAUUUUUACGAGGUGUUCGGUCCUGUAUUCGACUCGAAUGCUCGUUGGAGUAAUCGCCGUCCUGUUCCGAGAUUAGGAGAUGAUGCUUCUGAUCUUAAUAAGGUGAAACGAUUCUAUCACUUCUGGAUGAAUUUCGAUUCGUGGAGGGAUUUCUCCCAACACGAUGAGUAUGAUGUCGCUGAUGCUAGUUGUCGUGAGGAGCGCAGAUGGGUAGAGAGGCAGAAUCAGAGGAUCCGACGAAAAUACGAGACGGCUGAGGCAUCGAGAGUGAGGAAAUUGGUGGAGUCGGCUAUGCAGUAA